GACCUCCUCUUCGCACUUCCCCUUCACUCCCCUGAAAAUGAAAUGGGAUAUGGAGAUCGAAGAAAUCGAAGCGGUUCUCGAGAAAAUUUGGGACUUGCACGACAAGCUCAGCGACGCCAUCCACUCCAUUUCUCGAGCUCACUUCCUGGACUCCAUUAAGAGCCUGAGGAAAACCGACAAGAAUAAGCUGCUCGGCGAUCAGAAUCGGGCCGGGUUCAUGAUCGUUAAGGACUUUCGGGUGGAUGAUAGUGACGCCGCAAUUCAGGAGGCCAAGAGUCUCAGCGCAAUCAGGACCGCUCUCGAGAAUCUAGAAGACCAGCUUGAAGUUUUCCAUACUGUUCAAAUACAGCAACAGGCUGAGAGAGAUGCUGCCAUUGCACGAUUAGAACAAAGCAGGAAUAUUCUUGCUAUGAGACUGGCUGAACACCAUGGUAAGGAGUAUAAGGUCAUUGAAGAAGCCUUAGCUUUUGUGGGAAAUGUACGUGACACUGGUCAUUUUGUUUCACCUGGAAACCUUUAUGAUCCACCUUGUACAAAUAUGAAAUCGCAUGAGGGGAAGGUGUCUGGCAUACCGAUCAAAGUUCUAUUUUCUAGUUUCAACUUUGCAAAGAGAUCUUUGAAAUUGGACCAUAUGGGCAGACUUCUGAGCAAUGCAGCUUUGUUUGCGGUUAGCAUGAUUGUGAUGCUGCAUCUGCAUCGGGUUGCUCAUAAAGAAGAGCCUUUAAAGAAGCAAAAGGAUAAUAUCAACAACUGCGUAAGUUUGAGAAAAACUUCUCACCUUGAGGUUCCUUCAUCCAAUGGUCGUUUAAGACACUUGGAUGUUAUGUUGGCCCGAGGUUAAGGCAAAUAUAUGAAAAUCUGUUUGGCAAUUAGUAGUCAAAUGAUGGGAGGCCACUGUUUCUUUAAUUAAAAGAAGCUUUGUCGUCCUUCGUUCUGAUAAAGUCACGACAUUGACAGUGAGCAGUUUUGCAAGGUGUCUGCCAUUUUUAUAGACUAUGCAAGUUGUUGGGACAGGCGUUGGACUCUAUUUGAUCUGGUUGUUGGAAUCGUCAUUUGGGGCACAGAUAAUAGGUACUGAUGGACGUCAUAUAUGUGCAUAUUUUGUGACAUCAUGGGCUGUUAGCAUUUCCUCUAGCAAUUCCUUGUGUAUAUUCCCACUUCUAGCUGAUGCUAUUGUAUUUGGGGGAGAAAAAGGUAGAUUUUAUUGGACAAUUGUUGGAUUUCAG